AUGCAGGAUCCUGAUGCUCAAAAAAAGCCUCCCAAUUUGUAUUCAAAGAAGGAGGUUCGUCUUAUAGUUAGAAAUGCUCUUCUAAGCUCUACUGUACUGCUAUUUAUUGUAUUCUCCACACUGAUUUUAUACUUUAAUUUUGUAUCGAUCGCCCCUUAUAUAAGCAGCAUCAUAUGGGGGGUUAUACUCUCAAUUCCAUUGCACUAUUUGAAAAGGAAUCUCCUUAAUGUGCUGCUUAACUCAACUGACCCAAAUGCAAUAUCCUCCGGAACGCUCAGAGCUUUGGUUUGGUCAAUUUUCAAAGAGGGCUUUAAACUUAUGUGCGAGCCUCUUCUUCAAACGUAUCACAAAUACGUCCCAACUUCUAUACAGGGCUCAAUAGAUAAAAGAGUUGCCUUAGCCUCGGCCGCCGGAAAGGUCUCCGGUCACAGUGCCAAAGUUAGAGUCAGCGCGCUAUAUAGCCAUCUUUCGACGUUGCCGUCAUCCUUUUAUUUCGGAGUUUUAUUUUCCGGCUCAGCAUGGUGCAUCAUUAUCAAGCUCAUUUUGCACAUUCCGGUUCUUUUGUGGAUUCCCAUUUUUGUGAUUCUUAUCCUUUUUUUUUCCUUGAAGGCUUUUAGGCAAGCGUUUGGUACCUUUUGGAGGGCUUUUAAGACAAAAAUUUUUGGGCUGAAAAGCCCUAAAUUGGCUCCACAAUUAACGGCAAGCGAUAAAGAAGACGCUGAACAGCGCCUGCAUUCUCGCCUGGCUUCUUUUUUGAUUUUUGGAAGCACCUUUCUUUUUUACACGUUAAUUAUUCUCACGGUAGUCCAAACCGUUUUUCAUGUCCGCUACAUCGUCACGCAUGGAGUGUCAUCUUUGAUGUCUGGAGAACAGUUUCCUGGGGUAAAAAAUUUUACCACCGAAUAUUCCGAAACUGCUGCUUCUUGGUUCGAUGCUCAAGUUAACGAACGAUUUCCUACAGCCAAUUUCUCUGCAUCUAAAAUUCUCAAGUUGGCAAAUGAAAUGAAUGAGGACAGCGUCGACCCAUUUACCCUUUUUUGCCAACAAGCCGUUGUAACUUUAAAGAACUACAACUUAUUGGUCACAUCUGCAUUUGUGGAGACAUCAUUUUUGGGCUUAAACUCGUCUUUUUCUUAUGGGGAAAUAUUCCAUGAAUGGAAGUCUGUUUUCCAACUGGCUUGGGAUAACUUUUGUGCAAAUCCCAACGCGGAAAAAAUAAAGGCCACGUUGGCCAACGUGUUUUCCUCUUUUUCAUCUGCAGGGAGCAGGGUUUUUUCGGUUUUGCUGAGCGGUGCAGGUUUUAUUUCCCAUUGUGCCGUUAUUGCUUCUGUUGCACAUACUUUUGUUGCCAGAAAGUCUUCGGUGCUUGAAGACUUUAGUGAAGUCUUGGAGGCAAGCAUCGAUUCAAAUGGAAUCUUCCAAAAAUCCAUUGAGGCCUCCUUGAAUGCCAUUUUUGCAAAGAUGGUGAAAACUUUCGUAUGGCAUUCGAUGUUUACGUGGUUAUCCUUUGAGGUUCUUGGGGUUCCAUUUUCGUUGCUUGCAGGACUCAUGUCGGGGAUUAUUUCGAUCCUUCCAAUUGCUUCGUCCUUCUCUAUGAUUGUCGUUCCAUUUGGUAUUUUCUUCUUGGGAGUGGCUGAAAGAUCCAUUAUUAGAACCGUGAUGCUAAUAGGCGUUCACUAUUUCUACUCGGAUUGCAUACAUCCUCUAAUAUAUCAAGAUGUUUUGAUUGCUUCUGGCCCUUCCGCCCAGGUAUUACCGUCUGAAAAAAUAACGGGAACAUCGAUUGCACUCGGUGUCAUAGCAUUCGGAGCUAAGGGUAUUGUUUUUGGUCCUCUGUUGGCAUGUGCGCCUGGCAUCAUUCUAGCAAUGUAUCGAUCCAUGCUAAUGCUUGAGAAAGAAAAAAGCUAA